GAAAAAAGGACGAGAGUGGGUGUGAGGGUGAAUGAAGCCCGGGGCGGCCGUCGGGAGGCUCUGCGCCAGUGGUGUUCCGACUGGCCAAUCAGCGGCCCGGUGAUUCCCGCUGUUGCUUUUCGCGGCCGCCAAACCGAACUCGCACCCGGUUGGAAUCUUCAACCUCACCUCGCCAUCCCCUUUGCCUAGCUGUCUUGCCUCGCUCCCUCCCUUCUAUCUUUCGAUCCACAACCGUCACAAUGGCCGGCGCCAUCGCUUCCGCUAUCUACCAGGGCCUCUUCCGCCGCAAUGCUGUCUACCUGACUUCCAUCUUCGCCGGUGCUUUCGCAUUCGAGCUGUCCUUCGACACUGCUUCCAACAAGAUCUGGGAUUCCUUCAACCGUGGUCGCCAAUGGAAGGACAUCAAGCACCAGUAUGUCAACAAGGCCGAGGAGGAUGAUGACGAGUAAAUAUGGAGACCACCGCUAUGCCACAAUGGAAGGAG